CUAAUAAUAUUAUGAGAGACAAUAAAUAUACCGGUAUUGUGAAUCACUAUAUCUGAAUACAUGUGACUUAUAUGUGAAUCAGAGAGUGAGCAUCUUGCUGCAUUCAGUACGAGUUUUACGAGGAAAUAAUGCUGGAUUUCUGACUUUUUUAAUUUGCUGCCUCAAAUCAUUUUAUUGUAUUGAGUCAUGUUUGAGAACCGUCCUGCGUGGCGCUACGGCGCCGUGGACGUUCAGGAUGACGAUGGUUCCUUCCGCCACGGGCUAAUCGUGGAUGUAGAUCCCCAACGCGGUUUCCUCAUUGAUUUUGAUUAUCCUGGGCACCACGCAGACUGCAUACCGUUUGACAGAUGCUUCGGCAGCAUUUCUUACCGUUCGUUUGCACCCGGAGAUGCAGUACAGAUCCUUUGGCGAGCUUUUGGGGACGGUGCAUGGCGCUGGUAUCCGGCUACACUGAUCGCUGGAUCGUUUUACACGUUUGCGCUCGUCGAAGUGACAAAAAAGGGAGAAAUUAUUAGAGAAGUGGUAAAAAAAUCGGUGAUGAUGCCCAUGAAGGCGAGACCGCCCAUCGACCUGACAAAACACCAAAAGCUCAGCCUGCAGCUCAACUGGUGUGUGUGGAAGCUAGGUCAGGCGUGCAGAGUCGACGAUCUGCAGUGGUGGAAUCGCGAGAAGGGUUGCAAGUUGGGAAUCAUUCUCGUAAAAACCGAGAGCGGCAGGCUUAUUUACAUUUCUAGCAGCGGUUAUGAUCGCUUUACACGAUCGGACCCUUGGACGCUGGUUGAGAUUUUCCGCGGCAUGGGUAAGCGGAAAAAGGCUCGUCAAACUGCGACUGUUGCUCGUCGGGAUAGUUCAUACGGUUGCUGCAACUGCUUUCAGAUUUCCAAAACCAAAGAGCCAACCGAUUACCGACCUUGCAUCAACUCCGUUCUUCCUGUGGAACUGAUUACUCGAAUAAUUUCUCUCCUGGAAUUACGCCAGCAAGUGCAAUGCCAGCGAGUCUGUAAACGGUGGCGGUAUGCCUUGACAUUCUGCGAUCGCCUGCAACUGGAUCUCGAUGCAUACGCCACAGAUGAGCUGGCCGUGGCACUCUACAGAAACAUCUCAUCUUUUGUCAAAAAAAUUAGUUUUGUUGGUGACUUGGCUCGUUACGCUCGUUCGGCUGAUCCCAUUGCGACUCUGAUUGGUCUCUUAAUUGUCAAGCGCGCUCGAGUCAAACAAAUUUCUCUUUCCCAUUUUGAUUUGUGGGCUAACGACUUCUUAUGCUUUUCUGACUCGACGAACCUAAAAUUCCGGUCGGAAGUGACUAAUGUCUGUGAUAAUCUGGCUCUGGAAGAUGUGCAAAUCAUGGGUCUCGUAUAUGUGGACGCCGAGUUCUGUAGCUGCCUGAGAGAAUCCGCGUUUUAUGAGGUCCCAUACGAAUGGCGUUUCCAGGCGCUAGACCUGAAAAGCACUGUGGAAAUUGACCGAUGCGUACUUAGUACGAGCAGAGAAGUGCAACCGAAUUCUUUACUGCAACUUCUGGAAACCGGAUGCGCGCCUAUGAACACCGAGAAAUUUCGGUCGCUGGAAGCCAUGUUAGCCGCACAUCCACCCGAUAGAACGGUUAUUUCGCAGGUGCUAAAGCAGUGGCAGCCGCGAGAUUCUCGAUUUGAUGACAUUGUGGCAAGCAGUGACUGGCUAUCUCGUAUUCCUUUGCAGUCCUUUGGGAAACUGGCAUUAUUCGCGCUGCAGUGGCACCUGGACACUCGCCUUUCCAAAAAAGGCCGGUGGCACGUGUAUUAGCGUUACUUGAUUUUGAUUUUACUAAAUGAAGGACAACACAUCAUGACUGCAGACUUCGAAGGCCUCUACAGAGUAUAGAGGAAAUUUGGAGCUUUCCUGUUCUUUGACAAACGAGGCGGUUACAUGGAUUCGAAAAUAAUGCCGACAGGAUUGCCGGAGUAGUGGAUGAACCGUGAACAUGAAGUUAAUAAAUUCUGCAAGCCAGGAGACAAACAGAAAAUUACUAGAGAAAAAUGUGGUCGUAUUAGGAACAACAAGUCCUUGUGGUAACGUCAUUUUGACCGCAGCUACGGUACAGUAAAACAAACAACGUGUGUGAAAACCGGUUGGUUCGAUUUAGAGCAAUUGUUCAACCUUUUGUUUGGGAAUCACAAAACGGACAGGAAGGUCAAAAUAUGAAAGUACCCAAAACAUCAUCAGCUAAGUCUUCAUUACCGCUAAAUUAAAUAUUCGUCUUGGUUGCAGUCAUAUAAUCCCAACGAAGCAUGACAACAUUACUGGCAGCAUACGCAUUCACCCGUUGAUCCGCGACAUUCUUAGGAUCAAACCGCACACCGGCCGAUUCCAGCUUCAAGGCCACCUCAUCCUUAGGCCCAACCGAAGCGGCGAGUUUACUGGACACAUCGAUGACCGCCAAGAUAUCCCCGAAACGAACCUGGCGGGACAGCGGAUGGACGCCGUUAACCUGGACGUCGAAGAAGAUAGACGGAUUCUUGGCGAAGCGCUGUUUGACCUUCUUGAUGGCGUCCUCCACGGCGCGGCUCAUCGCGCCCUUAUCCGCCUGCAUGUAGGACAUGGGGAAGAAGUUGCUCUGGAAGUUGUCGUCCGUCGUGCUCUUCUCGUAGUUGGAGCAUUUGAUGACGACGGGCUGUGUCCGCCGGGAUACAGGUCCAGUGCGCUGUAGUUGCAGUAGCUGUUCACCGUGGUCUCCGGAAUGCCGGCGGCGGUGAAUCCAGAAAACAGGCCGACGACUACGCAAACAGUUAAAAAGAGAAGAGCGUCCAUGUUGAAAGUACUGGAAAGUUUAACGUUGAAAAAGAGAUACUGAACCGUUGUUAGUGAACCGUUUACCGGCAUUUAUUGUCCGUUCAGACUGUCGCAGUUUUGCGUGGCUUGACGCUUCGUCGACAUUGUAGCUGGAAUUACCGUGUAACCGGUCAAAAGCAGCCCCUGGAUUACACUUCAAACAGUCAUUCAUGGAACGUGUUUUCAAGUGUUGUUUACAAUGUCCGUGAAUUUCCGCGAUUCUGUCAGUGAAUUUCCACGAGUUUGCCACUCGAACUCGUAUUAAGCUUUGUCGGCACAAAA